UUUGACACAGAAGUGUAAAGGAGAACUGACAGAGAAGUGGUGGUUUUAUGACGCUGGAGAAUUUCAUACAUGUAGCAUCUUACUUGCUAUAUUAUUCGCAAAUAACGGUUUUCUGGCAUAGAUAACUAGUUCGCUCCAGUAAAUGUGUCUAGUUGUUUGGUUAGGUAAGUUAGGAUAGCAAACGGGUUGCUAGCUAGGUUAGCUUGCGUGCUAAAUGCCAACAAUUCAUGUUUCGCUUUUGCUCGUUGACCAGUUUAAUUUGUUUCGAUUCUGAGGAGUUUGGCUAGCUAGUUACUAGUUAGCUAUCGGUUAGCCAACGAAUUUGACUGGUGUCACUCCAAAUAUCUAUUAUACACAUACUUACACGCUGAAAUAUAACUUAAAUAUAGCUAAAUAGUAGGACAGUAGCACAGCUGCCUGGUUUUGUUAAAUCUUUACUGUCGUUACAAAUAAAAGCGAACUAAACAGCUAGCAGACAUUAAUGGCGCCUAAGAUGAGGGCACUACCUCGUCCGUUGCCCGACGGGUUUAUUUUGACAGACACAGAGAAGAAGAAGUGGCGUCUUGGCCAAAUAAUUGGCACGGGUGGAUUCGCGCAGAUUUACUCGGCUUCACGUUAUCCGGCUACAGCUGCACGAGAGGAUACUGAUUAUGUCAUUAAAGUCGAAUAUCAUGAGAAUGGAUCCCUGUUCACAGAGCUGAAGUUCUAUCAAAGAGCAGCAAAAACAGAUAGUAUUAACACAUGGAAGAGACGCAAAGGCCUUGAUUUUUUGGGUAUCCCAAAAUACUGGGGCUCUGGAUACUGUGACCACGAUGGAAAAAGAUACAGGUUCAUGGUGAUGGACCGGCUGGGCACUGACCUGCAAAAGGUUUUUCUGGAGAAUGGUGAACAGAUGAGGAAGGAGACAGUGUUGCAGCUCGGUUGCCUCAUCCUGGACGUGCUGGAAUACAUUCAUGAAAAUGAAUACGUCCAUGCUGACAUUAAGGCUGCCAAUCUCUUACUGGGUCACAGAGACCCAGACAAGGUGUACUUGGUGGAUUACGGCCUGUCAUACAGAUACUGCCCUAAUGGGGAGCAUAAAGACUACAAAGAGAACCCAAAGAAAGGACACAACGGCACUAUUGAGUAUACAAGCCUUGAUGCACACAAGGGCGUAGCUCCGUCCAGAAGAGGGGACCUGGAGGUGCUGGGCUACUGCCUGCUUCAUUGGCAGCAUGGAACACUGCCCUGGCUGUCGGUGCUCAGGAAUCCAGCACAAGUUCAGGAGGCCAAGGCCAAGCUAAUUGCUAACCUGCCAGACUCCGUCAUCCAAAUGUCUCCAUCCAACUGCACUUUAGACACUGGGGUGCAGCAACUGAGUGAGGAAGCCAGGGAUCAAGGCCCCAUCCCACUGCAUGUGGAUGUAGCUGAGUUCCUGUGCAGUGUGAAGGCCCUGGGCUACAAUGAGAAACCAGACUACCAGGCCCUGAGGAAGGUCCUGUCAGCCACCAGGUCACAGAGCCCUCUGGACCUCUCCAGGCCGAGAGCAGUGGAGACAGCUAGGCCAGCCGCAAACCGGAACUCAAGUCAUGCCAGAGCUGCUGUUAGAUCAACCAGACGGAAGCCUGUGGCCAAGGAUGAAGAUGGAAACUGGGAUAAAGUAGACUCUAAACCAGCCAGAGUUGGGUCCAGAACCAAAGGGGAGUCAAAGACACAAGAGCAGAAACAAUGCAGAAGUAACUUGUCAGCUAAAGGAGCUACAAAGUCGAGCCUUGUGGCUAGAGGCAGCGAUGAAGGUUAUAUAGAUGAUCCAUUGCCAUCAAGAAUGCAGCCCAAACCACAAGGCACAAAGCAAAGACAGAAACAUGAACAACUGGCUCCAGGACCUGGAGUCACGAGGAGAACAGAUGAGGCCUGGCUACCCACUAAAAAGCAACCGAAUGACCCAGAUCUUGGCCACAGCUUCAGCUCUGAUGUCAGGAAGAACUGGGGAAGAAACUGCAACUCGUGGAAAUACAGCACAAGACUGAGUGAAGAGGGGGCGUACUGGGAUGAGCUUAACCAGAAUCCCAACCACUGGGUGGAAACUAAUCAUAGUGGACAUCAGUGGAGAAGAGCUGCUUAUGAGUACAACAAUGACAAGUACUGGAACAAUUCAGAGAAAUCUGAAAAUGAGCAACAUAUGCAGUGGAGCCUUAAAAUGUGUAUAGGCAUUAUUAUUGGGCUCCUUCUUAUUCUGGUUGUUGGCACUGUCCGCUAGAAAAACACUCUGCUGAUCAUGCCUAUGUCAAAACUAAAUUUCUUAUAAGUCGCAGAAUAGAUGCAGUCUGGUCACGGUUUUGGGAUUGCCAUUUUCACUGUGAUGGGCUGAAAGAAAAGGUAUGUUUAUAUUAGAAACCUUUAUUAAAAGGUUAGUUUCAUGGCAAAUACAUGCAGUAAUUGUUUUUUGUAAGGACAAAAAAGUUUAAAUAAAUACAUUUGCUACACA